CGCUGCCGUACAAGUCGUUAGUGGGUUGGAGAAGCAUGACAUCAUGCCCAGCUCCAGCCUCCCUGCGAAAACAAAGCGUGAAACAUCCACAUCCCACUACAGCGACUCACCGUCCACCACCCGGCCGUCUGCACCGUGACACCCCGCGGCCCCGUCCCUGAGAUUCACACCGGGUGACCGGUGGAGUCUGAGAGGGGGCAUCCUUCCGUCCGUCAGUCCGGCGGUGCAUGCGUCUGUCCGGGGGAAUGGCGGAUGGAGAGGCCGCCGUGUCUGUGGUGGAGUGGGACAGCGGUGCGGUGAUGGGGGUCUAACCGAAAAACGUCCCUCCUCUGCGGCUUUCAUUCCUCUGCUCGGCUCGGUAUUCAGCUGCGGACAUGGAUCCUGAGAAGAAGUUGACAUUCUGCCUCGGGGUGAAGGCUGAGGAGAUGACCAUGUCCCUGCAGGGGCUGGACGGAACCGAAGCUGCCACGGUGGCUGUUUCUCAGAAGGAGACCGACAUGCGCACAGUGAAUAAGGUGGUGAAGCCACACAGGGGUUCUGGUAGCCAGCCUGUAGUCAGCCCAAAGUACUGUCCUGGAGUAAACAACAGUCCAGGUUACCUGUGUGAAACGGGACACUGCUGCGGAGAGACAGGCUGCUGUACCUACUAUUAUGAACUCUGGUGGUUCUGGCUCUUGUGGACGGUGCUCAUCCUCUUCAGCUGUUUCUGUGCUUACCGCCACCGCCGGGCCAAGCUGAGGAUCCAGCAGCAGCAGAGACAGAGAGAGAUCAAUCUGAUCGCCUAUAACGGAGCCUGCAACUACCCUUCCUCAAUGCUGGACCUCAGCUUUCUGGCUUCAUUCAAGUUGCCGUCUUACGAGGAGGUGGCGGCACAGCCCUGCACCCCUCCUCCGCCUUAUAGCUCCGUCUUCGCCCUGCAGGGUGGUAGCAUGGGGGGUCCUAGCUCCUCCUUCCCCUAUCACCACCACCACCGUAACCCCUGCCCUCCCUACCUGGGCCCUGGCCCCAGCGGCAUGACGUCCUCCCAGAGCUCUGACAACUACACCAGCUGCUCCUGCGAGUCGUGCUCCCUCACCUCCCCCUCGAGCACCUCCUUCUCCUUCCAGGUGACAGACGAGACGUACGACAGCAGCCACAUCUCCACACCCAGCGAAGCCGGAGGCGACUCUGCCAUCGUGCCACGGGUAGGCGCCACCUUUUCACCCACACCCUCCCCGCCACUUCCAUUGAAACUUCCACCUGAUGUUUUACCUAUGGCCGCUCCAGACAUCGCACCUGUGCAGAGACGCUCCUCUAAUGGCAGUGAAGGAAACUCACCUCCAGCUCCUUCGUUUUCACUUCCUCUACGCUCUCAUCCUUCACAGCCCUCUCGCCUCCCGCUGUCUCCCCUCACCCUGUUAACUUCCCUCCCUCCUGGUCAGGUCCAUCCUCUCAUCUUCUCAGACCCACUUGGAAUCAUGGCUGUCCAGAAAGAGAAAGAAGAAGACAUUUCACCUCAUGGUCCGACCCCCAGGCCCACGCUGCCCCCCCCCAAACAGGUGCUCAUCUCAUCAAAUGUGGCCACGUUCACACGUAGCAGCAGCAAAGAGGAACAUAAGCUAGAAGAAGAGGAAGAAGAAGAGGAAGAUGAGGAGGAGGAUCAUUUCCGGCACAGACGACUGACGGGUGACUCGGGCAUCGAGGUGUGUCGCUGCCACGUGAAGAGGGAGGAGCAGGAGGAGGAGGAACUGCAGAAGGGGCAUAUGAAAGAGGCUGUGAAGGGGAAGGAAAGGGAGGAUGUGCUGCACGACAGCGUGGACUGUUCCCACCGUGCAAAGGCCGGCGGGCAGUCGACUAUCUCGGAAGACUGCGUCUGGCAGCGCGGCCGUGUCUCCUCCUCCUCUCGUGGCAUCCAGAAGACGGUGGAGGCCUCGUAGGCUGACGGCCAGUGAGUUUGAAGUUGAACAAAGUUACAGUUUAAGACUAGUAGGUGAAAAGUUGAAUCACCUAAGAAAAGUCUUGCAGGUCUUUGUGGUUACAAACCAAGAGACAGGACGAGGAAUAGAUCCACCUGUUUUCUCUGUGUUUUAUUUCAAACGAGAACCUGAAAGUAGUAUUUUGUAGUUGGCUGAUUUGGUUCAUAGUAGGAGAAACAGAUCUUUUUUUCAUGAUGAAAAUGCUAACGACUUGUUCCUUCUCUUUCUCCUUCAUUUUCCCACAUGCUUACCUAAUCAGUUAUUGCAGGUAGCUUAGUGACAACAUCCCUUUACUUUUUAUCUCUCUGCUUGCUAAUAUAACAUUUUAGCUGUUUUCAGUGAAAUAGUCAGUGGUUCCCAACCUGGGGGUCGGGACCCCUCAAAAGGGUCAUGAGAGGAUUAGCCCCAUAGGAAAAAUGAAGAGUGUUCUACCGUAUAGAAUAAUGUGCUAAUUUUCCAAUAUUUCCCUGAUCGUAAACAAUCUGAGAAGCGAAAAAUCCAUAUUUGGGUUGAGCUGCUCACAACUUAUCAAUUUAUGCAACGUAAGAUGGAUCUCAAGAAAAUGUUCUUUAAUUUACAGGGUCAUGAAUGUUUGGAACCACUGUCAGUGGCAGUACAGCAGUAUACCAUGUUCUAUAUGCUAUUUGAUCAGCAUCUGUAACCAUAAACUUAAGUGGUUAUCAUUAACUGACCUUUGUAAUUCAAAGAAAAUAACACCUACAGUACCUGAAGUAAGAUUGUGCAACAGGUUAUUUUCAACAGAGCAGAUUGAAAACAGGAGUUAUAUCUUUGAAUCUACUGGCUUCUAAUUUUUGAAUAUAUAUUGAUCACUAAAAUAUUUCAGAUGAUUUAUUUCUUGUCGGGUGACUUUUUACUUUCACCAGCCUGUUCCCUCUGUUUACCAGAGGAACUAACGACAGAGGCAUCUAUUGUGACUGAUUCAAGGUCUGUGUGUGUGUGUGUGUGUGUGUGUGUUUUAUACAUUUUGUCUUCUAUUGUUCCCUUAAGGAAAAAUAGGAUGCAAACAUUGAUUUCAAAAUGUAUGGGUGGCAAAGCUUUACAAUGAUUAUACCUUGAUGUUUCAGACUGUUACAUGAAUACUGUUUGACUUUGGAUGUAACGUGUUCGAACAUGUUCCUGUUCGGUCGUUGCCAUUUUUUUGCGGGGCAAUUGGACCGUUGAGUUUUUAAACAAGGCAGAAACUUUAAGCCUAAUCUCAUCACUGAUCAUGAAUGUAAAAGGUAAUUGCAGUGACAAAAAAAAAAUAUAUAUAUUGAAGAUGUUUACGGAGAUUUUUUUAUCGCAUGUUGCUCGACUGAAAGAGUCUGGAAAAGGCAACGCAAACUGGCAGACAUGGGCUUGAAAUGUGAUGUCUGUCCCAGCUGAGUAAUGCUUCGAAGGGCACUUGGAGAUCGUAUACCUCCGCCAAAGCUGAUUGGCCACUUUAUCACCUUAAUGCAUAUUGAGAGGUGUUCUGCAAACUCUUUACAUCAAACACAGGAAAAAUAACUUUUCUCUGAUACAUAUAUAAGGAAUAUUUGUUUUUUCAUAAAGAUCUCUGUUAAAGAAAGAGGAAAAAAAUCCUGGAUCCGCACCAAAAUGUAAUGGGUUCUUCUUUGACCCACACCACAUCCUUCCACCAAGUUUUGUGGAAAUCGUUUUUUGUGUAAUGCUGCUAAUUAACAAACAAACACACACAGAAGAAAACAUGAUGUCAUUGGCGGAGGUAAAAAACUAAAUGUGUAAAUGCAUGAAGUGAGGGUUUACAGUCCCAGUCAGUGUGAUGCUUUUAUUUUGAAAACUGACUAAUCUGAGACUGCUUUUCUCUUAACGUGUCCUGGUUUGUAUAUAAAACCACUCGUCGGUUGAUAUUCCAGUCGUACGGCGUGUGCCGCUGAUGUCUCUGCCUGUUGGUGGAGCGUGAAACCUUUUGAUUGACUCUGUGUAUGUCCUAGGAUUAUGCGAGGGUUAGUCUCGGUGCUGCUUAGCAGGAGCAGCACGUGUUCUCUUGUGAUUGAUCCUCGGUACAAAAUGUACUCGAGAAUCGAGUGUCAGAGAGAGGAGGGAAGGUCUCAAAUCACAUUUUUGAACAUGUCUGUCCUGCUGUAGUUUGUGUCUCUGGGGUUCAUUGACUCAAGGCCACUUCAAUGUGUCCUUGGCCCAGUGUGACAAUGACUCGCCUGAGGGUUUCAAGUGAUUUGUAGCUCUUUGUAAAAACAUUGAGUCGAUUUGUCUCUGCGAUAUCUUUUAUUGGUUAAAGACAAAUCAUGUGUUUCCAGGGAGAGCAAGUAGGUUUGUGUUGCAGUCAUCUUGAUCUCUGUUCAAAUCUCUUGUGCAGUGACUCCCAGGCGUUACAGAGGUGACAUAUCAGCAGAAAAGCCUUUGGGCUGCUGUAAGUGUUUUUAGCUUUAGCUCAAAGAAAAGUUAUUAUUUUUAUUUUCAAUAGUCUAGAGGUUUUUUUUAAAUUAAAGUAUAUGGUGCCUAGAUGAAAAUAGACUUUCUGUUAGACAUACUAAAGUUUUUAAUGCUGCUAUGUGAAUUUGUGUGUUUUCUGUAAAUUGUGUAUAGUCGUACAUCCAACAUUAUUCUAGCAGUGCUUACAGCAGUCUCUUUACAAAAUAUACGCAGUACACAUGAGACUUGCAAAAAUAGUAUUUAGCAAUAGUAUUCACACUUUUUUUUUUCCUUAUUCUAGUUAAUGCUGGUUGAUAGGAAAUGAACUGUUGUGAAAAAAGACAUUUACCUCUUCAUUAUGAAUCCGUGAGCUGUGCCGGGCAGAGGCCCUAGAUUGUACACAGCAUAACAGUUAAAUGCCUUUGGCUUAAGGUUUCCAAGUGCAAACUUAGAUUUUCUGGUUUUACCUUCGACCCGGUUUGUGUCUCUCAUGCAUGAACAUUACGUUUGAGUCACAUAGCGACACAUUUGUCUUUCUGAAGGAUAAGUAGCCGACAGUUUCAGAAAAUCCUGAGGAUAUUUCUGGACUCUUCAAAGUCUCUUCUGUUGAUCUUGAUAAAUAAAAACUAAAUAUAAAACCAACAUCCUUCCACUGCAUUUUAUAAUAGAUUUUUAACCCAAGUUGUGUUUUUUAAUUCCACAUCAAUAGUUUAGCAAGAACUUAAAUCCUUGCUUUAUUUGCAUGGCAUUAACUGAAAUUUGUUUCCUAUAUUUGUGAUUUAUUGUUUUUAUAGAAAAUAAUGCUAUUAUUUGGCAUUGACUUAUAUGUUAAGUAUUAAUACAUUUUGUAAUUUUGUUGGCUGCAACAUUAAGGAGCAAAAUUACUGCAUUUUGUAAGAAAUUAAAAGCACCAUUUACAUUUGAAUUGUGCAUACGAUGAUGAAUUAAAAAUUUACUUUUAUUUUCAACUAAAAGGCUAAAUUAAUUAUGGCAGAAUUAUUCAGGACAUGUUCAUGGAAGUAAAUGUACUGUAUAAUUAAGAAAUCAUGCUAGAAAACCAUAUGUAAGAAAUACUCUUUUGGUUUUUGUUGUGUAGUUUUGUAGUGCGCAACACUCUGGAUCUGGCUUUUAUGAAUUAGUAGUAUCCUUUAAGCCUAUAUGGUUUGGCCAUAGGUUAUAUUCAUCAUACAUGGUAAUAAAAACAUUUCAUUAAUUUAUAUAUUUUUUUGUGUGGGAAACAUCAAAGGUAAGAAAUAAAGUUUUUUAAAAAAAUACAAAAAAUCUGUUAUUGUACCGUGGACUCCAGAGCAGAACAGAGAAGUCGAUGAUGAUAGUGUCAUUAAAUGGCCUGCGUUUUAUGAUGAUCAUUUGAAAAACACAUGUUUAGCUCUGUGACUUGAAUUUAACACAAGAUUCACAAACCGGAGCCAGUUUUACCCCGACUCUGAUUUCACAUCAAAGCCAAACUGAGUUCAGUGUCUGUGGAGCAAGUUUAGUGUGAACUGAGAAAACGCCCCCAACUCUACCCUCAUUUCCACAGUGUAGGCCAAGGCCUGAUACAAGACUGUUACCUCGCUGAGUUUUGACUGCAAAGGACUGUUUACUUUUCCUUAUCGAGAUAGUAUCUACUCUAUAUUUGUACUGACGUUAUUUUGUAAUGCCAAGAAUUGAUGAGCAGAAGAAAAAAAAAAGAACACAAUACACAGAGAGCCCACUCUCUCGGCUAAUCUAGUUUGCAAGGAACCAACAAAACAUGAAAAACCUGCUGAUGCGGGAACACUCAAGGCUGUUUAUGAAACUUCUCCUUCUUACUCCUGCAGCGACGGGGAGCGCAGGAUUUAUAUCUGUAUGUGAUCGUGUGUGGAAUAGUACAGAUUAAUAUUACUACAACAUGUGGUGUUCUUUGAGGGUAUCUUUGUGCAGUUCUACCUGCAGCUCUUCAGUGUGCUAUGUGUGGGGGAGUAAUCGUCAGCCGUGUGUUGUCGUGCUGUUGAAUCACUGUCGCUUAUUAUGAAGCCAAAGUUGAGUGUAGUUGGUAUUCGUUGACAUGAUAUUUGUCGAUAUAAACACCCAAACAUUUUUCUGUCAUCAUGAAUAUCAAGUUGAUUUUGUAUCUUGGUGUAUAGCGUAGAGAUUUCUGUUGCACACUCUGCCGUAAAAAUCAAACAAUGCGAUGCUCUCACGUUUUAAGAUAUAUAUAAAUAUACAUAUAUAUUUGGUUGCACAUGUUUUGGUGCUUUUUUUAGAUGGUGGGAUUUUUAGGUUUCUUCCAUUUGAGUUUUUUUUUUAUUGAUGCUCUUUUCUGCCAUUUUGGACACUGACAUCUGCUUUAUUCAACAAAAACUGUGGAUUUUGUGUAAAAAUAAACGA